AUGGACGAGUCCUCGUUUCAAAUCGUCCACACCCCGGACCGGCCGGAGAGGCCCAUCUCGAGGACGGCGAUCCCGAACGACGAGCAAUGCAUGCAGUUUCUCAUGUCGCUGCAGAGGCAAGAGGAGAACAAGAGGGGAGCUGUGAAGAACCUCAAGAUGUGGCCAUACCCGGAUGAGGAGUUGGAGGACCGCAGGUGUCUACGGAGCGUGCGAGUGGAGAGCGUACACCUCGAGGAGGCACGGCUUGCCAGGACAAACUCAUCUGGCCCAGCGAGGGUCGUGGAGGUCGGGAGGAGCUCCACCAAGUCUACGACGGCGACAAAACGGUCUGGGCAUCUGCCGUCACCGAGCGUUAGCGAUGCAGGCGAUGCGGACGUUUACGAGUUGGAAGACGACAGCGUCGAAGAAAUCAGCACCGAUCCCAAGAAGACCGUUCGCAUGGUGCCGCUUUCUCCCCCGCCCACGCUCUCUCGAAGCCAUUCUCGUCUGGACCAGCACACACCGAAGGCACAAAUGUCACGCUGGUCAGACGACAGCGAGUCCCUCUUCUCGACACGGGACAUCGACUCGCCGUGUCCUCAACGCAGGACCCUCCGCUCGUCCGCGGAGGUGUCGUCGCCCACAAUGGUCGACGACGAUUCAGCUGGCCCAUCGACCCCCUCGACACCACCGCUCCUGACGCCUGUGAAGGAUCGUCCGGCAACACCGUUCACGGAUCCCCGCCUACAGUCUGCGCCCGACCCGACUACCCCGCCCCCGUCGGACCACAUUGUUCACCAGAUGAGCCCAGAGUCUCUGCCGAGGAAGUACUCCUGGCGGUCGUCAAGGGAGACGAUACUCAACUCCGGUGCACCCGUCUCCAGAUUCCAAUCGUGGCUGCCGGAGCCGCGCCCGAGUUCCGCUGAGAAGGAGAAGGAGAAGACCCAGGAGCAGCGGGAACAGAAGCCCGAGCUUGAGAUUUACGGUGACUGGGCCGACUACUACUUCGAAGACGGCAACUUCUGGGACGAAGACUCUGAAGGCGAGGAGCAGGAUGACGAAGAGGAAGCGGAAGAGGAAGAGGAAGAAGGAGAGGCGGAAGAAGAGAGGGACUCCGAUGGCAAAACGGAGACUGAAGAUGAGAAAGACGCGGACGUCGACAAGGGAAAGCAGAAGACGGGUCACCUCAAGGUCGACGACGAAAACGUCUACCCGAGGUAUGAGAGCUUCAUCAAGGACUACAAGAACAACGUCAUGAAUAUCACUGUCACGGAGGUUGAAUGA